AUUCACUUAUUUGUUCUUGUUUGUGGUGCCGUUUUGUUUUGUUCCUUAGCUUUCUGUUCGUAUGUGCUGCAAAAUUUGUGUCGCACUGCUGGCCCGUAGUAAUGCAGUUAUUCAGAGGAAAGGUGCAUGACAUUCCUUUGUUCCACAUGACGUGGCUUACUACCUUUGACUUUGCUAAUAAGAGCACGGAAUGGGCCUGAUCGAGGAAAAAUCCGACGAUGACAAGUCGCCCGAGCUGCAGGGAAUUCUCUGGACCUGCAACAACCCUUUGUCAUCGAUUUCCAUCAGCCGGCACACAGUGACAUGUCUGAGCUUUGGCUCCAACCACUGCCUUUUUUUGACUGACAGUGGUGAUGUGUUUUCCUUUGGGAAGAAUGACUUCGGGCAGCUUGGUUCUGGUGACAAAGUAGAGCAUACCUCAAUUCCUUUCUACAUCUGCAGCAUACAGUCAAAAGUGAGGGCCAUAGCAUGUGGUCCGAACCACAGUGCUGCCUUGACGGUUGACGGACUCUUAUUCAUGUGGGGGCACAAUGACCAUGGUCAAUGUGGCUCUCUCAAGGAAGGAAUCUACAGUCCAGAACUUGUUGAAGUUUAUGAGCAGCUUGGGAAGUGUCAACAGUGCUCUUCUGUAGUCUCUAGUCGCGCUAUUCUUGUUGAUGUGGCUUGUGGUCCAUCUCACACUCUGGCUGUAACGAGCAGGUAUGAGGUGUUUGCUUGGGGCACAGGUCCACAACUUGGUCUCAGCAUUCAGACGAGAAGCAUGCCUGAGCGGAUAGAUUUUCUUCGGGGAAAGAAGGUAAUUUCAGUUGCAUGUGGUGGAACUCACAGCUUGGCUGUUACAGAAAGCUCUCCGGAGGCAGAUGUUAAUGAUCCGGUUGUGAUUUGUGCAGCCUGUACCACAAAACCAGUUACAUGCCCUCUAGGCCUGCCAUGUGCUCAUGCACAGUCGGAAACCUCUGUAGAUGCUUCAGCUGAAACUGUAGAUUUGCAAACAGAUUCGGACGCCGUUCUAUCGAUGCACUCUCUGGUUAAUGGAGGCAAAGAAGGUGGGGACAGCUCUAGCUUUAAAAUCUCUGAUGAUCAGGAAGACCACAUAUCCAAAGAAAAUCCAAAGCCAGAUGGUCUGACCAUUGUGGAUACAGCGGUGGACUCUACAGGUGGGAGCAGCUCUCAGUCACAAGCAGUGACUUCAUCUGAUGCUCUUGAAAGGACUAGGGACAGAGCCGAAACAGAACCAGCGGCACGAGGAUGUGGGACCUCUAGUGAAACACAGGGAAGGAAUGCCGAGACUGUCUUGGAACAGGCAGCUGUAGAGCCGGAUGUGUUCGAAGGAGUACAGCUACGAAGAGCGCCACAGUUUACGGACCGCUUGCGAUCUGCCUCAGUACCAGUUAAGAGGACGUCCUCCAUCAUAGAUCCGGAGUAUGCUAUGGAGUUUCUGGAUAGGCAGCUUGGUCACAAACCUCGAGACAAGAACUGUCAUUCUGUGCCCGAAGAGUUUGUUGGUGCACCGAGUCGGGAAAGCUCAUCGAGCUCUUCAUCGGCUGUGGUCAAGAACAUGUUAACUCGUGUUACUUCCUCAGUCGUGGAGCGUUUGAACUUCGUCUCUUUCACUCCCCGUCUUGGUGGGACCUCCCAGAACAGCUCUGCUGAGUCGUUUGAGUUCAUUGAUUCAGACGGAACUUCGAAGAGUGACUCCGACAAAACAGAAGGUCGGGGGGAAAAGACAAAGAAGAAUUCACGUUCUACAAAUUCAAGAAAAGUGCGACCUGUCAAGCAGGGAUGCCGAACACAAGUCUGGAGUUGGGGCAAGGGAUCGUACGGCCAGCUGGGGCAUGGCGAUGACCUUGACAGAGCCCAACCCUGCCUCAUGAAGCAUCUGAGCGAAUCAGGCGUGUUCAGAGUGAGCGCAGGCCACGGACACUCUUUGGCACUUACCAGUCGCUUCAGCGUCCUCAGCUGGGGGUUGAAUGACACCUUUCAACUGGGUCACAAUGUUGCAUCAAAGUGUAUGUCCACCCCCAAGCUAGUUCACAUGCCCAGGAAUGAACUGGUUUCUGACAUAGCAGCUGGCCAGAGCCAUUCAUUGUUCUUGGUCGACUCUGGAGGAUCUCAGCCAGUCAUGUACGGCUGUGGCCAACAUCAAUGUGAAAGUUCUCCUUAUGGAUGUCAAAAGUCGAAGAAGAUCUUCCCUGUGACUGCUUUGAAAAAGGGAGGCCUGAUCACGCACGUGUUUGCUGGUGGUCCUUCUUCUGGUUGUAUCAUGGACUUGAACGAGACGGACGAAAUGCGGACACUCUACGAGUUUGCAGCAUCAGAGCGAAGGUGUCUCGACAACAUGUGCAUGGUGCAAACAAAGGUCUUCCAAAACCUUGUUAAGGACGGCAGCCUGGUGGCAGAUGUUCCAGACUACGCUUGCAAGCCACUGAAGGUGAUGGUGGGAUCUGCGCACAAGCUGAUCUCGUUGCUGUCUUGCAAUGCGUACGACCUGACUGAGCUCCUGCAGAAUCAUAAAUGUUCUGCUGCAAUUGCAAUCUUGGAGAAUACACCCGAAUGGAUUGAAGCUUUCUGGAGUUACAUCAAGGCACUCACCAACUUCCUUGCUGUUGGAGGUUUCGUGCUGCUCUCGAGGAUGAUUGUGUUUUCUCCCAAUGCCCUGAAUCGGUUUGCCAAAGAGAUUGUAGGAGACAUCAGCCUGAAGAAUUCCCAGUCCAUUUUGCUGCAGCUUUUGAGUCUCCCUGUGAAGAGGAUUGGGGAGUAUACGAGGCUGUUCAGUCGGCUCUUGACCGGGGUGGACCAACAGACAAAGCCCUGGCGACACUUUCAGUCUUGCCUGAAUGAGUGGGCAGUCCUUUCGGACAUUUCAAGCAAGGAACUAGCUUUGGCGGAGGCAACCAAAAAUUUCUGGGAGAGUGUCUCCCAGAAAGUUGUGGAGGCAUACAGGCUUCCAAACUGUAGGAUGCUGCGGGAUAGCAAGGUUCACCCCCUACACCUGGUGUCGGCUGGCCGCUUUGCUUCGCACCACUUCAUCUUGUUCAAUGACAAAUUUGUUCAUUGCCACUUUGGAGGGUUCCAGAACUACAACUUGGAAACUGCAUGGGUUGAAGCGGACACUGAGUCAGAGAACGUUUUUGCUAUAACAACACCGGAAGAGGUCUUGGUGUUCAGCUGCCCCACUUCUUCUGAAAAAACUGAGUGGGUCUGCAGCCUUAACCAGGCAAUUCGUAACCUGCUGAACCAUGGGAGGUCAGAAAACCCGCUGAAGAGUCUGAAGAAAGGCCUGUCAGAUGGCCGACUGGUUCCUCCUAACGUCCGCCACUCCUCUUACGUCUUCACUAAGUCGGUGGCGUACAAGGAUGCCACCUACAAGGGAUCAUGGCUCAAGGGUCAACUGCAUGGAUCAGGCAAGCUUGUUUGGAGCGAUGGCCGGAGAUACAUUGGCAAGUUUAAGAACAACCUGCAGCACGGAGAGGGCGAGUAUGUGGUUCCUGGCUACGGAGGGGACACCGUUUUCCGGGGUACCUGGAAGAACGGCAAACUUCAUGGGCUCGGGAGUGCCAGAUAUCCCAACGGUGACCUCUACGAAGGAUUCUUCAAAGAUGGUUUGAAGGAUGGUCACGGAAUCCUAAAGGAAGGGAAAUUCCUCUCUUCCUCAAGCAUUUAUGUUGGUCAGUGGUAUCAGAACAAACGACAUGGCUAUGGUGUCCUUGACAACGAGAAAGAAGGUGAAAAGUACAUGGGCAUGUGGCAAGAUGACUGUCGCCAUGGCAACGGUAUCAUGGUUACCCUCGAUGAUAUUUACUACGAGGGCAACUUUGUAAACAACAAUCUUUCGGGACAUGGCACUAUGAUGUUUCAAGACAACACGGUCUUCAAAGGAGAACUUGGUGCUGGCGGAUCACUGAAUGGACGGGGAAUUCUGAGCCUCUCUAAUGGAGACAGCAUUCAAGGCAGCUUCUACGGAAUGUGGAGCGAAGGGAUCAAGAUCUCUGGUGUCUACCAAAAGUCGGUCGCUGACGCAUACAGCCUCUCUGAAGUGGAAUCCAUGAUUCACAGCCGAGACACUGCCGCAUCCCAGCUGUGUGUGCCAGCUUCUGAGAAGUGGAAGGACAUCUUCGAUCAUUGCCGGGACAUGCUGGGCAUCCAAGGGGUCUCAGAUGCUCAAGACAAUAGGCAAGCUUGGGAUGCCAUUGCCAUCGCCAUCAGCAACCGCAAGAAACUGUCUCAUCUCAAGGAACGAGUGAAGUGCGGCCAAGAUGAAAGCCUAGACUACCUUGAGCGCAUUCCACGAACCAGCAAGAAGCAGAACAGUUUGACAGUGGAGCAGUAUGGCGAGAUCAAGGAGUACCUUUAUAAUGCAUUUGACUGUGUCCAUCACCCCUUGGGCUACUUGCUGGAUGGUCUGGUGGGUGUGUUUCGCCUGACCUAUUGUGGAAUCGGUGUUCAUCCUCGGCUGCUGGCACACGCAAUUCAAGAGGUCAGAUCAUUCUGCCACCGGCUGUAUGAGCUAGUGAGAAUCCUUUUUCCUGAUCUGCCACUGGAAGACAAGCCCUUGGUUCUCACCUCAUCAGGGAACAUGGAAACUCCCAAGGAUAUGUUUGACCUCAAUGAAGAGUGCAUUACACCAAACACCCUGAUCCAGCCAGUUCUGCUGCCAAGGCUGUACCCAUCCCUGUCCACUCUGUAUGCAUUAAACAAUGAGAAGGAGGACAAACACUACUGGGAACGCCUGCUCAAGUGGAACAAGCAGUCUGACCUGGCUCUCAUGACAUUCCUCGGCGUGGAUGAAAAAUUUGUGUCGCUGAAGUUUCCAGAGAACUUUUUGAGCAUGGAACGUAAUCGUAUCUCGAGUGUCAAGGAUGAGUGCUUCACUGCUGCAAUUGACGCUCUGCAGCAUAUCAGCACUGCUUUUACGGCAAUUGACAAGCUGCAGGCAAUUCGGCAGACCUUUGAGGAAAUCAACAAGGAGGUACAAGUUGGCCUGGGUGACUUCCUGUGGAACAUGGACGACCUGUUCCCGGUGUUCCAGUACGUGGUGGUGCGGGCGAGGAUCCGUAACUUGGGUUCCGAGAUCCACUUUGUGGAUGACCUCAUGGAACACCAUUUCCAGAAUGGAGAACUGGGCAUCAUGUUCACCACCGUGAAGGCAUGCUAUUUCCAAAUCCGGACAGAAAAGCUUGUCCAGACUUAAGUGUGGUAUUCUGCUUCAGAUGUUUGUAACUGUGUUUAGUUUUAUGGUGCCCUUUUUAACAAAAAGGGUUACAUACUCACUAUAGCAGCCGUUAUUUUUAUAGUGUUUGUAACACUGUAUUUUGCAGAUCUAUUUAUAAGUGCUAGUGUCAUUCAUUUAAGUUCAAAGGCUGUGAGGCAUUGCAGUGCCAGCAGCUAGAGGUCUUGCAGAUGCAUCAUGAGCUUACACUGUUUAAUGCUGCAUUGAUGCCAGUCCUUGACCUCAUUUAUAAAAAUAUCUUUAUUUGCUAUAUGUGUUGAAAGUUGACUGUUGUAUGUUGCAGCCAUAAUUUCAGCUGUGUCGGAUUUUUACAUGCACUUUUCGAAGUAGUCGGAAUAGUAGAGAUUAACUAGAUGACCUCAGAGUUCUGUUAUGUGAAAUUUUUCUCAAAUGUUUUUUAUGGUUCUUAUGUAUACAGUACCAGCUAUUUACAUGAUCCUUUCUUUAAAAAAUCAAAAUUAUAGUUCUCUCACAUUAGCGGUGAUUUUGUUACAAGGGUUUUCCUUGUGCCACCGAGAAAUGUUGCCCAUAAACUGUUAAAAAAAAUUUUUUUUUUUUAAGUUGUUCGUAAAAUUUGCAAGCACAAGACUACUAGUCAAGUAUUUAGCUGGCUAUUUGCCCACAUUUUUACAUAUCAGUUAUCCAUCUCCUGUAAGCUAUGUAGUAUUCUUCGCAUGUUGGCAGCUACUCUUAAAGGGAAUGUCACUUUGGUUGAACUGCUAUAUAAUGAAUUGUUUGCACAUACAAUUUCGAGGCAAUUUACUUUCAAUUGACUUUUGAUCAGACUUUUAAUGUGUUAGAAUGUAAAAAAAUAGAUAUACCGUAGAAUGCUGAGCAUCCACUCGUUCCACAAUAAGUGCCCACCCCUCAGUUUGGUAACAUUUGAAUACUACGCAAAAGACAUCUUGAAAUGUGUUGUUAGGCAACAAAGUUGUGUUGACCUAAGUAGCACCCAUCCCCCAAUUUUACUUGAUUAUGCCUAAAUUUGAGCAGGCGCUUGCUUGGGAUUUUACGGUAAUCGCUUGGGGUUAAAAUUGAAGUGUUGUGGCUUAGGUAGGUGUAAAAGUUUUCUAUAUACUUUUUUGUUUACUUGAAAAAAAAAAAAAAAAGGAGGAAGUUGCCACUUUCGGGCACAGCAAAAUGUGCAUUAUAAUAUCGAUAACUAGUUCAUGGAUAUAUAAUGGAAUUAUAAGAGCUGUGAGCUGCAGUCACCCAGGAAUUGAUUUAAUAGUAGCAUAAGGCAUUUGUUUAAAAUGCACAAGUUUGACGAAUGGAUUAUGCCACAUAUAGAGAAGCUUUGUUAUGGUAUUGUUAUCACUAACAGAACUAUUGAAUUUUAACAAAAUACUUGUCUUGUCAGUUUCUAUCACUUUAAGAAUUAUUAGGUCUCAAAUAGAUGGCAGCCACCCUUGUGUGCAUGAGUGCAGUAUGUUUCUGAACACCUGCAGAAUUGGGUUGUGCUGUUUAAUGCAUUAUCCACAAAACUGAGUUAUGUGUUAUGUUAGCCUGGUCAAAUUCUGCCAAUAUCUUUUAUUGCUGUGGGCAUAGAACAUUGACCUGCCCAAGUACAUUUUCUUUUUGGAAUGGCAGUGAGACUUAAAAAUUUUGGGAUACUUGAUAGGUUGAUUCUUGUGAAGUGUUCAUGGCUUGUGCCUAAACUGAAUUAUUUUUACAACUUGGCAUUAGAAUUAAAGGCAUUGAAAGUGAUAUCCCAAGUCACUCUAGCUCUUUCCACUUAUUCAAAUAAAGGAUUUUCCACUUGUAUACUUCUAUAAAA